GUCGUUGAAGUCAGUCAAUGAUGUAAAAGAGUCGCAGAGUCGAAUGAUAAUGAUGCGGGUGAGUAAACAUAUUGUUAAUAGAGGCCGGCUUUUUCUAUUAUAUUGUCCGGCUCGCAACCCGUGUCCAGCUAUCCAUGCUGGACUUGUCAUAGGGACGGUGAGUGCAGUUGUUUCUUGUGUCUGAAUAUGUCCAAAACAGGAAUAAAUGCUAUUCUCCGCAAAGUGGACAAGUAUUUCCUUCAAAUGAAAAAUCAUCGGAAAAGCCGCUUAUGCGCGCGCAGUGCUGUCCGUGAAAUGACAUCAGAAAAGCUCCAGGUGACUGGAGAAUCGGAAUGUUUGAGGCAGUGAAGGUAAUCACGCCAGAAUUGUCAGUCUCCGGUUGUGGAACAGUGGAUCCAUGUAACUACAUUAUUCCAGCUAAACCCAUUUGUUUAGACCCCGUGGUGGUAGCUUCUCCAGAAUGGCGGAAAGAGCUCCAUUUGGAACGAUGUGUG